AUUCAAGAGAACAUUAUAAAAAUAAUCAAAGAUUUCUCAAAAAAAAAAAAAACAAUAAUAAUAAUAAUAAAAGGAGAUAUGAAGUUCAGCACUGCCAUUAUUGUUUCAUUCCUAUUCCUUGCUGAGUUUUGUGCAGUUCAAUCUCUGGUCCUUGACAUAUCAAAAUUUGGUGGAGCACCAAAUUCAGAUAUAACCCUGGCUCUUGGAAAUGCUUGGAAGGAAGCAUGUGCAUCAACAACUGCAUCAAAAAUUGUGAUUCCAGGAGGUACAUACAAGAUGGGUGGAAUAGAACUUAAAGGUCCUUGUAAGGCACCUAUUGAAGUUCAAGUUGAUGGAACAAUUCAAGCCCCUGCAGACCCUUCUCAGAUCAAAGCGGCGGAUCAAUGGGUUAAAUUUCUAUACAUGGAACAUCUUACCUUAUCAGGAAAAGGAGUUUUUGAUGGUCAAGGUGCAACUGCUUAUAAACAAGCUCAACCUGCAGCUGCUUGGAGUGGUAAAAAGAGUAACGUGAAAAUUUUGAUGAAUUUAGGUUUUAUGUUUGUCAACAAUUCCAUGGUCACCGGCGUUACUUCUAAGGACAGCAAAAAUUUCCAUGUCAUGGUCUUGGGAUGCAAUAAUUUUACAUUUGAUGGCUUCACAGUUACUGCCCCUUCAGACAGUCCCAACACAGAUGGAAUCCACAUGGGAAGAUCAACUGAUGUUAAAAUUCUUAACACCAAUAUCGGUACCGGAGAUGAUUGUGUCUCAUUGGGAGAUGGUAGCAGAAAAAUCACUGUCCAAGGUGUGAAGUGUGGACCUGGUCAUGGUAUUAGUGUUGGAAGCCUUGGAAGGUAUACGACCGAAGAUAAUGUAGAAGGAGUUACAGUUAAGAACUGUACUCUAACCGCAACUCAAAAUGGUGUGAGGAUUAAGACUUGGCCUGAUGCACCAGGAACAAUUACUGUUUCUGAUAUACAUUUUGAAGAUAUUACCAUGAAUAAUGUCACGAACCCUAUCAUCAUUGACCAAGAGUAUUGUCCAUGGAACGCGUGCAACAAAAAGGUUCCAUCAAAAGUAAAGUUAAGCAAGAUUUCAUUCAAGAACAUUCAGGGAACCUCAGGAGCUCCAGAAGGAGUGGUUCUUGUUUGCAGCAGUGCCGUACCAUGUGAUGGUGUCGAGCUAAAUAAUGUUGAUGUCAAAUUCAAUGGAAAACCAGCAAUAGCUAAAUGUUCUAAUGUCAAGCCUACAGUUACAGGAACAGCUCCUGCAUGUCAAGCUCCAGGUGCAGUUCCAGCUGCUGGCCGAAAAUCUCCUGCUAAAUAAUUUUGAUUCUUUUCUCAUUUUCUUUGAAGAGUAGACAAACCAUCCCCAUAAUGCGAGGAUGUUGACAGAUAGUAGUAUAGUUUCAUGGGAAUAAAUAACUCGACAUUUGUAUUAGAACCACUGUCAUGUAUUUGUAACCCUUCUCAUAUAAUAAAUAAAUUUCUCUUAGUUUGCA